AUGCCCUACUACGAGUGUUUGCCGUUCACUGUCAGGCCCUCCCACUACGUCGUCGACGUCACCGCCAUUGAUUUUGGCAACGACACCUACCAUGGCGUCACCACCAUCGACGUCGCCAUCGACGAGGCCACCGAUGAACUCCACUUGAACUACCGGGAUUUGACCAUUGACUCCGUCGAACUCACCCCUGAAGGUCAAACGGCAGUAGUGGCGCUGAACAUCGAGUACAAUCAGCCUAAAGAGUACUUUGUCGCCCACUUCCCGAUGAAGUUUGAACCAGGCAAAGCCCAAGUGUCGAUCAAGUACCAAGGCCGUAUCCAAACCAACAUGGCCGGGUUCUACAAGUCUUCGUACCAGGACCAAGGCGAGACUAAGUACAUGUACUCGACGCAAUUCGAGGCUACUGACGCGCGGAGAGCGUUCCCUUGUUUCGAUGAGCCGGCGCGUAAGGCGACGUUCGACGUGUCGAUCAAGGUGCCUAAGCACCACACCGCGUUGGGUAACAUGCCGGUGGUGCUGGAAGUUGAGGAAGGCGACGAUAAAGUGGUUAAGUUCGCCACGCUGCCGGUGAUGCUGACCUACUUGGUGGCAUGGGCGUUUGGCGAGUUUGACUUCAUCGAACUGCACACGAAGGACUUGUAUGUCGACAACAAGCCUUUGCCUUGUCGCAUUUACACCACCAAGGGUCUGAUUGAGGACGCGGUGUUCGCGCUGAGCAUCACCCCGAAGAUCGUCGACUUCUUCUCUAAGAUCUUCGACAUCAAGUACCCGUUGCCCAAGCUCGACUUGUUGGCGGUGCACUCAUUCCUGCACAACGCCAUGGAGAACUGGGGGCUCGUCACCUACAGAGCCACCGCCUUGUUGUACAACGAACAGAAGCUGAGUGCUGCCUACAAGAAGAAGGUCGCCUACGUUGUGGCGCACGAAUUGGCUCACCAGUGGUUCGGCAACUUGGUGACGAUGGCGUGGUGGGACGAGUUGUACGAAAACGAAGCGUUUGCCACUCUCAUCGGUUACGUUGCCGUCGACCACUUGUUCCCUGAAUGGGACAUCUUCCUGGGCUUCGUCCUGGAAUCGGUGCAACUGGCCCUCACCUUGGAUGGGUUGCGCAACUCUCACCCUAUCGAAGUGCCUGUAAACGACGCCCUUGACAUCGACCAAGUGUUCGAUGCCAUUUCGUACUUGAAGGGGUCGCUGGUGUUGUUGAUGUUGCAGACGUUCUUGGGCAAGGAAAAGUUUUUGCUGGGGGUGUCUAAGUACUUGAAGGCUCACCAAUACGCCAACGCGACCACCAAGGAUCUUUUCGGGGCAAUUGGCGAAGUCCUGGGUAAGCCGGUGGAGGAGAUGAUGAAGCCGUGGAUCAAGCAAAUCGGGUUCCCCGUAGUGCUGGUGACCAAGUCCGGCGAUAAGCUCAAGUUGACUCAACUGAGAUUCCUCAAUUCUGGCGAUGUUACCGCCGAGGAAAACAAAACUAGAUGGUGGAUCCCGUUGAACGCUAACACGCCGGUGGAGAUCGACGCCUUUGUCGAGGAGUCGGCGGAGAUCACUGCUCCUGAAGGCUUGUUCAAGCUUAACACCAACUGUCUGGGCUUCUACCGCGUGCAAUACGCCCAGGACAUCUUUGAAAAGCACAUCUUGCCCUACUUCAGCGACCUCUCCCCCGCCGACAAGGUGGGGCUCAUUGCCGAUGCCGCGUUCAUGGCGAUCGCUGGCAAGCUGACCACGGCCGAGUUCAUUGCUUUCCUUCGCGGGGUGGCGCCUAAGCUUGGCGACGACUACGUGGUGUGGCUUGAACUUAGCCGUGUCCUUUCGAAAUUCGUGGUGGCGUUCGGCGGUCAAACUCCCGCUACCGACGCUAAAUUGAAGCAGUUGCAGGAAGAAAUCUACCAAGACAAGGGUAAGCUGGUGGUGACUGAGCUUGGCCAAUCGACGCUGCCUUCCACCGACUACUUGAAGGUGUCGCUUCAACUGAACGUGCUCACGGGAGCUGGUGGUGCUGGCGUUAAGGAAGUGGUCGACUACGCUCACCAGCUUUUCAAGCAAUGGCAGCUGCUGGGUAAGAUGGACCCGUCGUUGCGUGGGUUUGUUUGGCAGACGGUAGCUCUGCAACCUGAAUUGUCGCAAGCUGACUUUAAUGCCAUUUUCGCUCAGGUGACGCUGCCGACACUGUUGGACUCACGUGAAAUUGCUUUGGGUGCCUUGGGCCACAUUACCAAUCUUGAAUACUUGCCGAAGUUGUUGGAUUCGCUCAUUGAUGACCUGGUCAUCCCCAUCAUGGAUGCCCACUUUUUAGGCCAACCGUUGAGCGCUAACCCCAUUACCCGUGACGAUUUCUGGAUUUUUUUCCGCGAUCAUUACGACGACUUCUACAAGCUCAUGCUGACGAACAUGGUGGUGCUUGAUCGGUUUGUGCGGUUGACUUUGUGCAAUUACCAACUGGAACUGAAGCGUAACGAGAUUGAAGGCUUCUUUGCCGCUAAGGACGUUCACGGGUUUGAGCGGGCGUUCAAGCAGGCUUUGGACUACAUUCUGAUCCAACUGGCGUGGUACCAACGCAGUCACGGAGACAUUUGA